UGAUUGCACUGUGUGUUCUAAGGCAUGUAAACAACAUCACAUUGUGCACUGUUAGGUGUAAAAAUAUCCAUCAUGUCUCGGGCGUCUGGUACCCUAAUUACAACAAACAAUGCCACCUUUAUCCCUCCAAGGUUUAUGCCGGGAUAUAGAGGACAUUGUCCAACAACAAAAUAUGAUUAUGGAGAGACAUAUGGCAAUGCCACUGCAAAAUAUUUCCAGGACUACCGUUCACAUGUCCUUUCAUCCUCUGCUGAUCCAUACUGUAAGGGAGGGGAUUUCCCCACCUAUUAUACCCACAAACCCGAGACUGUGAUCAGUAACAGAACAAGGACAAGAGACAGAUGGCUGCACACACCAAAGUAUUCUCUAACAAAUAUAGACUUUGAUAGGAAAGAAGAACUCAAGUCUUUUGAUAAGAAUGCCCAGUAGCAUAGAGAGUUUUAUGUUGAUAAAUCUGGAACAUUAAAGAAAGUCAAUUAUUUCAUGAUCCCAACAAAAGCUGAGGAUCAAAUUAAGCGCAAUGUGCCAUUCAUGAUCCUCUCCACACGUCACACUGAUGACAUCAACUUGCCUCAGCUGGACCAUGCCGCAAGGCGACCUCCACUUAUACGUCACUUUACUACUCUUUCAUCUCAACGAGAUAGGGAAAUGCGUGAUGUUUACUUUGAGAAGCGAUAAGAAUUUAAUUGACUUUCAACUGGGGCCUUUAACAUUUUAGGUCCAUCAAACUAAAAUAAAAACUUUUUCAUAUUUAAAUGCUUAACUUACUUUUAUGCACUGCAAAGCUUCCACAUAUUCAGAGUAUUAUUUAUUAUACAUUACAUAGGGGGGUUUAAGGUUUAUAUGCUGCUGAAACUCAUACCUCUAUCUUAAGUAGAAUGUUUUAGAAAGCUUAUUAAGCACUUUGUUGUUCUAAUUUGUUGGGAUUUUUUGUUCAUUAAAUGUAUAAUAUUUGUUGAAGAAUAAAUAUAUAAGUACAUCC